AUGACGACCCUUUCGACCGCCUUUGCUCGUUCCGGAGAUCAGCCGGCCGUGAUCGUGCCUGGGAAGCCAGCGCCGUUUAUCGCCAGCUAUGGGACACUCAGCGCCGACAUUGCAGCCUUCCAGGGGCAGCUGGCAAAGCUAGGCGUAGCCCAUGGUGCUGCUGUGUCCAUUGCCCUGACGAAUUCAUACGAGUUCAUCGUCUCGUUCCUUGCUAGUUCCUGGCAGCGGGCGAUCGCCGCGCCGCUCAACCCGGCAUACAAGCAGGAGGAAUUCGAGUUCUACAUCGACGACCUAAGCUCAUCUUUGGCCCUUGUUCCAAGGGGCGCAUAUGCACAGAACAGUGCUGCGGUGAGGGCGGCAAAGAAGUAUAAUGCUGCCAUUGCGGAGUGCUACUUCGACAGCGGUAAGGUAGUGCUGGAUGUCAAGGAACACGGCAAGCUGGCGGGAAAGGGAGGCCUGCAGGUCCAGACUGCUCAGCCAGAUGAUAUUGCUCUAGUUCUGCACACCAGUGGCACGACUGGCAGACCAAAGGCCGUGCCACUCACCCACCAGAACCUCACUAGAACUAUGAGAAACAUCCAGGCUACCUAUUCCCUUACGGGCGAUGACCGAACCUAUCUUGUCAUGCCUCUAUUCCACGUUCACGGACUACUCGCUGCUUUCCUUGCCCCGCUGCAGUCCGGAGGUUCUGUCGUUGUACCGCCCAAAUUCUCUGCCUCUGAGUUCUGGUCGGAUUUUAUCACCUACAAGGCCAAUUGGUAUACGGCAGUACCCACCAUACACCAGAUCCUGCUUAAGCAUCCAUUCCCAUCCCCGAUGCCGAAGAUCCGAUUCAUUCGCUCAUGUUCGUCACCGCUAUCUCCCAAGACGUUCCACGAAAUUGAGCGUGCGUUCAAUGCUCCUGUUCUGGAAGCAUAUGCCAUGACUGAAGCCUCUCAUCAAAUGACCAGCAAUCCACUACCACCGGGAAAGAGAAUGCCUGGAAGUGUUGGUAUUGGUCAAGGUGUGGAGGUCCGUAUCCUGGAUGACAAUGGCAAGGAAGUUCCCCAGGGCUCCGAGGGAGAGAUCUGUGUACGAGGUGAAAACGUCACCAAGGGCUAUCUCAACAACCCUGCUGCCAACAAAUCGUCCUUCACGAAGGAUGGCUUCUUCCGUACCGGCGACCAGGGUAAGAAGGACCAAGACGGCUACGUCUUUAUCACCGGUAGAAUCAAGGAGUUGAUCAACAAGGGCGGAGAGAAGAUCAGCCCCAUUGAGCUGGACAAUGUCAUCGCCCAGAAUCCGCAUGUCGCCGAAGCCGUCUCGUUCGCCAUCCCAGACAACAUGUACGGUGAGAACAUCGGCGUGGCUGUCGUUCUCAAGAAAAAGGGAAGCAUAUCAGACGACCAGCUGAAGUCUGAGAUUGCACCGAAAGUCGCUAAGUUCAAGGUUCCUCAGAGAGUGAGUAUACAACAGCCGCAAACAUGUUAA